AUGGCAUCAAUAGCACUGCCACCGCUUCUUUUCUCACCGAUGCAAAUUAACGCAUUUGAUUUCGUUGCCCCUAUGCCAGCUUACUUCCACAGCACGCCCACAUCCCGGUUUUACGUUUCAUCAACACUCGCAAAUAACGCUGAGGACAGUAACUCGCUAAAAGUUAUCAGCAACCGCGGUGUUUUCAAACACCAUCUUGAGAAAUAUUUCGGUCCCUUGUUCAAGCAUCCGAAGUGCCAACUCGUUGUAAAAGUUCAUAUUUUUAAAGGAACUGAGGAGUGCUUUGGCGAGCUGGUGAGCGCUGUAUCGAUAACUGUUUUGCAAGUUGGUGUUCCUCUGUCGUAUUUUCUGGUCGGAAUCACGCUUUGCGAUGCCAUGCGCAUGUAUCAUUUGGUGCUGCGCAAUAAUUGCAGGUUGAUUGGAAUCUUUGGGAACGGAGAGUUUGACAAAAAGUGGUUGGAGGUAGUUGAGGUGAAGUGUAGGGAAGAAGUGGAGAGAAUACGGGGUGUGUUAAACGAGGUUAUGGCGAAGAGAUGA